GGCGGAGGACUUACAUAAAAAUCCUCCGGGGACUUUCUUUUUUUAAACGUGUAAAAGUCACGGUAUUUGCGGUAAAUCGGCGUGGAAAUACUUAAAGGUGUGGAUUAUGAAAAGUUGUAAUAGUAAGACAACGUCUCGCGGGCGUUUAGAGCAACUAAAGUGCACGAGAAGUGAGUUUUCUCAGCUCAGAGGCGCGUGAGACGCAAACCGAGCGCGGACGUAAAGAGGCAUUUUCUUAUACUUUGCUUUUGUCGUUUUGCUUUUCGAGGGAAGUGAAGCAGCAGCUCGGGACCUGUUGGCACACACAGAACCGGGAUAACGCGCACUUUGUUUGGAACCACCAUGCUGGCGAACACGGCGCUUUACGCAGCGAAGAAACGGAAGAAGCCGGUCCAGAAAAUACCCAAACCACCCCCUCCCGAUGGCAUCAAGUCCAACCCGUCCAAACGCCACCGCGACCGGCUCAACGGCGAGCUGGAGAAGCUCACCAGCCUGCUGCCCUUCACCGAGGACGUCAGGGCGCGGCUGGACAAGCUGUCCGUGCUGCGCCUCAGCGUCGGGUACCUGAAGGUCAAGAGCUUCUUCAACGUCUCCAUGAAGAAAGGGCAGAACGGCUCCAGCUGGACCAGCGAGCGGAGCCUCAUGUUCGGGGGAAUCGCCCAGAACGCGCUGUCCUCCACAACCUCCACCUCUUCCUUGGCCUCCUCCUCGCAGGUGACAUCCAUCGACGGAGUCAGCUUCACCGAGGGAGACCUGCUGCUUCAGGCGCUGAACGGCUUCGUGUUGGUGGUGACGGCUGAAGGCUACAUCUUCUACACGUCCCCGACCAUCCAGGACCUGCUCGGCUUCCACGCGUCGGACGUCAUCCAUCAGAGCGUGUUCGAGUUGAUCCACACAGACGACCGCGCUCUCUUCAGGCGGCAGCUUCACUUCGCUCUCAGCCCAAACGCCGGCCAGCGAGACGGCGGCGCAGAGAGUCCCAGUGAUCAGAACUCUGCGGAGGUGAGCAGCAACGUGAUGACCUACGACCCGCAGAACAUCCCUCCAGAGAACUCCUCCUUCCUGGAGAGAAACUUCUGCUGCCGCUUCCGCUGCCUGCUCGACAACUCCUCCGGCUUCCUGGCCCUGAACUUCCACGGCCGCCUGAAGUUCGUGCACGGUCAGAACCGCAUGUCCGAGGACGCGACGCUGGCUCCCCCGCAGCUCGCUCUGUUCUCCAUCGCCACGCCGAUGCAGCAGCCGUCCAUCCUGGAGAUCCGCACCAAGACGCUCAUCUUCCAGACCAAACACAAGCUGGACUUCACUCCCUUGGGCAUCGACACCAGGGGGAAGGUGGUGCUGGGUUACAAUGAGGUGGAGCUCUGCAUGAGAGGUUCAGGGUACCACUUCAUCCACGCUGCGGACAUGAUGUACUGCGCCAACAACCACGUGAGAAUGAUGAAAACCGGAGAGAGCGGCUUCACCGUCUUCAGGCUUCUGGCCAAAACUCGGACUUGGGUGUGGGUCCAGGCCAACGCCAGGCUGGUCUUUAAAUCAGGGAAACCAGACUUCAUCGUGGUCCGGCAGAGAGUUUUGACAAAUGAAGAAGGGGAAGAGCAGCUGUGCCUCCGUCAGCUGCAGUUGCCGUUCAGCUUUGCCACCGGAGAGGCGUUGCUCUACGAUGUCAUGCCAACCGUCGACGUCCCUGACCCCUGCUCCGCCCCCAAGCAGAGGAAGUUGGAUAGUUACACCGUCAGCCGCGACUCCUUACUGGGCUGCAUGCUGAGUCAGGACCAGUCGAUCUACUGUGAACACAACAACGCCAACGCCCUUAACACCAUAAACGAUGCCGCCUUCAAGGACACCCACGCUACAGUCAACGUUCCUGGAGAUGUCUGGCAGCUCACGACACCCAAACCUGUGGUGGGUAGCCUGGUGAAGUCUGAGGCCACAGUGCACGACAUGAUGGAGACCCUGCAGCAGAUCCUCGGGGACAACGAGCUCAGCGACGCCCUGGAUGUGGGGCCUGAAGAGCUCAAGAGCUGGGAGAGCACGCUGCUGAAGAUGAGCAGCAGCAGCUGUGAGAUGAGCGAGGACCUGGACGACAUCCUCAGCAACGACAUCCUGUUGUACGUAGAGGAGCAGCUCCAGAGGGAGGGCGGGCUCAAUCUGCCAAAUCAGCCGGAUGAUAUACCAACCUGCCUUUCCACUUUGGACUUUGCACCGCAGAACCAGCUGAUAACAAACGGAGGACAGAUGGCAGGCGGACAAGCAGUCCUGGGGAUGAUGAAACUCUCCCACAUGGAUCUUCCUCAGUUGAGUUCUGGUUUAAAGGGUCCAACCCUCCAGCAGAUCGCCUCGCUGCAGACGCUCCCCACAUCUGUUGGUCUGGGAGCCUCAGGCAACACCGGCGCUCCAGUAACCUUCAACCCCUCCAUGGCGGCGGAAACACAGAACCAACUGAGAACUUUGCCGGUCGGUGCCAAGGACCUUGGAGCAUUCAUGCUCAGGCAAACUUCAACCACUCAGAUUCACUUGAACCAAAUGGCUCAGCCAAUGCAGAAGCAGCUUCAGAUGAGAACGCCCAACCUACCGAUCGGCCUCCAGGACCAAAGCGCAAAAAGACAGUUAAAUCCCAUGUACAGCUUUCAGGGGAACCAGUGGAACUCCUCCUCUGUCCCCAACUCACACCAAGACAACAACUUUGCAGAAACAUACACCCAGAAUAUUUCAAAAGAACCAGGUUUCACUGCAGAUCCCUCCUUGUCCAGCUGCUUACAGGGCCACUUUGCCCUUCAGACACAAAACAACGAGAAUCAGAGACAGUCUUGGCCGCUGGAGCAGCAGCUGAUCUCAAGUGGACACCAACAAAUGGGCGCCUGCCUCAACCAAAUGUCAGGAUUUCAGAGGAAUCCUCUUCCUGGGGUCAUCACUCAGAACGCUGUCAACGGCAGGCCAAUGUUCAGGACUCCAGAGACUUCAAAUGUACCAUUUCCUGUUCAGCAGGUCAUGGAGCCGCCGCCUCUCGCACCUUCUAGCAGUUGUAUGUUCAGAAAUGCCCCCACCUCUGUGCCUGUAAAUGGACUGCAGCUCAAUCAGGCGUCCUCCUGCCAGAGACUGAACUCUGCCAACAACCCGAUUCCCUCCAAUCCCUCGUGCUUCUAUCAAGGUGUAGCCGUGCCGGGGAUGACGGAGAUCCCGAAUCCUGAUGAGGCGGCGCUGUCCUGCCAGAUGACGGCUGGUCUCGACCCAGAUGGCCUUCUGCUGCAGCAACAGCCGUACAUCAACUUCAGUGAACAGACACAGAUCAACAGCCGUCCUGUCCUCGGGAACGGAGGUUUCCCCUUCUCCUCGCUGCCCAAUGGGAACACGUACUACUCAGAGAACAAAUAGGAACCAGCCACUGUGACUCCAGGAUGGCAGAAGAUCCCGACUCGGACUGAAACGGCAGUUUAAAGGGAGCAACAAGACUUCUGUCUCUAAACAUGAAAGUGGAUCAGACUGAAGGACAGAAAUGUGCCCGAGAAGGAGGAGGAGGAGGCUCCUUCUUCUUCUUCCUCUCAUUAGAAACAAAGCUUUAGUGUUUGGUUCAGGGUGGCUGCAGGAAGAGAAGAAAAGUCUGUUUGCAGUUUGUCAAAGGAAAAGGUUCCCUUUUUGGAGCUGGUUGGAUUAUACCACAAACAAACGGAUUACCUGAACCAGUGAUCUGUUGUUGAUGACCUCAUCGUGACACUCGUCUGGGUUUUCUUCCACGCUGAUGGACUAAAGUUUGUCUGCAGCACCUGGUGGCGUCACUCAUCACUCAGGUCAUAUCGGAGGCUCAGCAAAUCAACUCCUUUGUCCUCGUCCUUGAAGUCUCUUCUCUAGUAAAACACACUCUGAGUCCAAGUACGUUGUCACCUUGGACCCUGGAGGACAGUGUGUGCAGUUGCAGGGAAUUAAAGCAGCCUACGUUAUAAGAAGAAUCUCCUGGACACAUUUAUUAGCGCUAAAAAGUUAAAUAUUUCACGCACAGUGUUACAAACAAGAGAAAGGACUCGGAGGAUGAGGACUAAGUGGCCGGUUGAGCCUCCCGUGUUCCACACAGCGGACGAGAACUUAAAAACGACUUCCUGUUGACCCUCUGCCGUCUCUGCCGCACAUCGUUCUCCCUUCAAAGCAGUUUUUAUACUUUGAGCGCUCAGAAGGAUAAAAUAUAUCGACUUUUUCUUUGCUGUUUUUGUCCUUUUGAAAAUGCGUCUGGAUCGCGUUCAUUUCAACUCUUUGCGGUCCCGGCGAGGGAGCGUUGCCUCGCACACAGAAAACGCACAACGUAAUCACAGCAUCCUCCUGCGAACAGAUUGAAAGAUGAUUCAGUGGAAGCAGCGGCUCGUUAGUGCCUCUUUUAUAUAUUUCAAAAGCAUUCAGUCAGAGCUUUUAUCACUGAGCCAGUUCUUUAAUAUUUCUGUGUUGUUUUCCUGUUGUAGGGAGAAAGGAAAGAUCCGGAGGCCUCAGUCUGUGGACACGUUUCAACAUUUCCACCGGGAAUAUUUGCAAAAGAAAAGUGGAAAUUUGAUAUAAACCAAACUCGCCGUUGCCUUUAACGUCACAGAGCCAAUUCGUGAGAUUGUUUUUGCACUAUUCCUUUAAAGUGUUUGCCAAAGCAUAGCGAAGAUUCACAAAUCCUUUAAGAGCUUUAUAACAAAAAGAGAUUCCUUUAGUGUUUGAUAACGAAAUCAAGGCGAUCAUAAACUCAUUAUUAAAUUAAUAAUAAUGUACUUUUGCAAUGAGAUCUUUUCUUUUAAUCUGCCAAGACUUAACGUUGUCUUUUAAACAUGAAACAAAGAUGUAAAUCCGUCUCUCCGUCGACUCUUUAUUCCGUCCUCUUCCUCUUCCUGUUUCUGUCUCUGUAGUUAAUUUAUCGACGUUCUUGCUCGGCAGCGAAAACGCAGAAGUAAAACAGUUAAAGGCAGCUAUUGUAUAUUUUAAAUGAGGAAAAAAAAUGGAAAAAAUGAACACGAGUGCCUUUUUAAUUAACUCUUUUUGUCUGUUUAUUCUUUUUAAACAACCCGAUUCAGCACUUCACAGAUUGAAAAGAAACAUCACGAGAAAGCCUCAAAUGUGCGCCGCUUCAUCCAGUACUGAGCCGUGAACUCUGAUUUAGUUAUUUAGUUAUCAGCACUUUAAAACAAAACACUUCUCUAGAAUAAGCAGGUUGUCGUAGCGACAGCAGACUUGAAUAUUUGACUUAAAUACCAAAAACAAAGAAGCAAGUAAAGCCAUCUGUGAUGCUUUGUUGUGCAGGAUACCAAAGGGAAAAGACACACACACAGCAGGACGCAGACCCGAAUGAUUGUAGUUUCAAAACAGUUUCACAAAUUACAAAUAUGCUGCAUUCAUGUCACAAAUGUCCAACUUGUAAGUAGCCGAGCAGUAUGGAUGCUUCAUUAGCAACAAGUGAGUUGUUGAAAGGUAUUCUGGGUAAUGUAGUAAAGCACUGCAGCAGUGAAGGAGACAGUUUUCACAACAUAAUGUUCAAAACUCCUCAUUUUAAACUCAAACACCGAACUGUACAUCAAAUUGAAUCAUUUUUCUCAAAGACGAUAGAAGAAGCAAUGAAAAGCUUGUAGUUUAUUCACCGACGUACUAUAUUACUGUCGGUAACUAUUACAGUAAAUCUACAUUUAUGUUUUAUUUAACGACAUAUUUCAGUUUUAAAUAAUGAAACGCUUCGGUCUGGAUCUCGGCAUGUUUGGAGUCUGAGCCGGAUCUAUUGUAAAAAACAAGAGUUGUAAUAAAUCGACCUCAAAUCCACAAGUUUCUCCACAUGUUGAUGUUUCUGUGAACUUCCAAACAUCUGCAACGAGCUACGAGGCGCACGGUGGCGCUCAGUGCGUCUUCAUCAUCACAGAUGGAUUCAACAUGUUUAAGACUCAGUACAAAAUGAAGCGCUUGUUUCAGGACCUGAACGCCUCGUUAAUAUCCCGAGUGCUUUCAAUUCAAUCUCAAAGUAUUCAUACGGACAUAGAAAGUUUAUCUUGUGUGCUUCUAGGUGGAAUAAAAAGCCUUAUGUACUUAUUAUACUUUCAAACCCUGGAGGCCAAGGCUCCAAAUUGCAGUAUCUUUGUGUACCUGUAUAUAAAUAUAUAUAUUUGUCUCCUAUAUUGUGUAUUUUAUUGUCAUAUUAACCUGACUCACGCUUUUAUCAUUUUUUGUACAUUUUCUGCACAGCAUAUACAUAUGUUAACCUCUUGUUAUGAUGUUUCUUUUGUAACCUUUAAACAUAUUAUAACUUGUGAAUUUGCCUUCAAUAUUUUGCCUCUGACAGUGUAUUGAGUGUUUGAGUCAAUCUUUUCAUGCUCACUAUAUUAAAGGUGAUCUGAUCACA